CUCCCGCCGCCUCCGCCGCGCUCGCUCCCGCCGCGGCAGCGCCGUCCCCGCUCCCGCCGGCUCCCGCCGCGGCUCGGGCAGGCGGACGGGCGGCCCCGCGACCCCCGCCCCGCAGCGCCCGCCCCAGGGGCUCGGACCGCCGCCGCGUCUCCGCCGGCGCAGCACGAGCCAUGCUGCUCCUGGCCGCCGCCUUCAUCGUGGCCUUCGUCCUCCUCCUCUACAUGGUGUCGCCGCUCAUCAGCCCCAAGUCUCUCAAGCUGCCCGGCGCGCACGUCGUGGUAACUGGAGGCUCCAGUGGAAUUGGAAAAUGUAUUGCUAUUGAAUGUUAUAAGCAAGGUGCUUUCAUAACACUGAUUGCAAGAGAUGAGAACAAGCUGUUGCAGACAAAGAAGGAAAUAGAAAAGUAUUCUGUUAAUGACAAGCAGGUCGUACUUUGUAUUUCUGUUGAUGUGUCUAAAGACUAUGAACAGGUGGAGAAUGUUCUAAAACAGGCUCAGGAGAAACUGGGGCCAGUUGACAUGCUUGUAAACUGUGCGGGAACAUCAGUUACAGGAAAAUUUGAGGAUAUUGAAGUGAAUUCUUUUGAAAGAUUAAUGGCAGUCAAUUAUCUGGGUAGUGUUUACCCGAGUCGAGCAGUAAUCGCUACCAUGAAGGAACGAAGAAUGGGAAGGAUUGUAUUUGUAUCAUCUCAGGCUGGGCAAUUAGGCCUAUUUGGUUAUACAGCUUAUUCUCCAACAAAAUUUGCUCUUCGAGGGUUGGCUGAAGCCCUGCAAAUGGAGGUAAAACCUUAUAAUGUCUACGUAACGGUGGCCUAUCCUCCAGAUACCGAUACACCUGGAUUUGCAGAAGAAAGUAAAACAAAGCCCUUAGAGACGAAGCUGAUUUCUGAAACUUCAUCUGUUUGCCAAGCAGAACAAGUUGCCAGAGUUAUAGUCAAAGAUGCCAUACAAGGGAAUUUUAACAGCUCAGUUGGAUCAGAUGGUUACAUGCUGUCAAUAUUGACAAGUGGAAUGUCACCAGUUACUUCUAUUACUGAAGGUCUCCAACAGGUUGUUUGCAUGGGCAUUUUUCGAAUCAUUGGCCUAUUUUACCUAGGAAGUUUUGACAGCAUAGUUCGUCGCUGCAUGAUGCAAAGGGAAAAAUCUGAAAGUGCAGAUAAAACUGAGUAAUCUUUAUUUUGAGUGGAAAGAAGAAUGUCAACCAGUCCUGGACAGCUAGCUGCUUAAAUGGGACUCAGUUUUGCUCCUGAAGGAUUUAGACUGGAAGUACUUGCCUGUGUGACAGAGGAGUCCCCUCAAAAGCUAUGAAAGAAAGCAAAAGUACAACUCCAGAAAAUGCCAAACUAUGCAAAAAUGUGAAUGAGGAUUAGAUAGUUGUUUUUUUUUUUUUUUUGAUGAUUUGAGUUGGAGAGAAUUUGGAGAGCUUGUAAGUGAUCUGCAGAGUAGAAUUUGAGAGUGGACUAUAUGCGGUAAUUCUGGACAAAUACUUAAGUUUUCUCACUUUGGUGCUUAUGGACAAAAUAAGUACCGUGACAGACCAGGCUGAAAUAGAUUGAAGUCCCCUGAACAAGU